AGUGGGGAUCGGCCCCCGCCCCGGGGCCGCGGUGCUGCCCCGCCAUUAUUUACUUGACAGCUGCCUCGGCGUCCUCCGCCGCGGCCGGAGGAGGUAAGGGGGCGACCCCUGUCCACGCCUGCCCUGGCGCGGGGAGCCGGGCGGCCCCGGCCUAGCCUCGAUUUUUCUUCCCUCCCCCUCAAGAGGUUUGUCCAAGGGGAAAGGAAAGCCCGAGAAGAGGCCGUCUCCUGGGAGCGCCACCCCUGAAAUAGCUGGUGGCUAAAAGGGGAGACAGGAGAGGAGGCUCCUCCACGUCCUAGGAUAAUGCCAGGGACUUGAGGGGGGGCUGGCGACCCUUUUUUGCCCCUCAGCUUUCUGGUUUCAUCCGCCACCCUCCAGUCUCCCUGCGUGUCUGGAGGAAGAGUGUGGGAUAGCUGGUGGCAGUGCCCCCAGGAUGGGGCCCAGCAGAGGAGCGUGAAAGGCUGCCCCCCAAAAAGCCGGCGCUGGACACCAGCCCCCUCCCUGCAGACAAUCUUCCAGACAGAGCGCUCCUACUUCCAGCAUCAUGGCCUCUGACCUGGAAAGCAGCCUGACUUCCAUAGACUGGCUCCCCCAGCUCACCUUGCGAGCUACUAUUGAGAAACUAGGGGGUUCCUCACAGUCAGGACCCCCGGGGGCUGCACGGAAAUGCCCCCCUGGAUCCCCCACUGACCCUAACGCCACCCUGAGUAAGGAUGAGGCUGCCGUGCACCAAGACGGGAAGCCACGUUACAGUUAUGCCACGCUGAUCACGUAUGCCAUCAACUCGUCACCUGCCAAGAAGAUGACACUCAGCGAGAUCUAUCGUUGGAUCUGUGACAACUUCCCCUACUACAAGAAUGCUGGUAUCGGAUGGAAGAACUCUAUUCGUCACAACCUGUCUCUGAAUAAAUGUUUUCGGAAGGUGCCUCGGCCGAGAGACGAUCCUGGGAAGGGUUCUUAUUGGACAAUAGACACCUGUCCAGAUAUUUCUCGCAAGAGGCGGCACCCUCCAGAUGAUGAUAUACCACAGGACUCCCCAGAGCAAGAGGCAAGCAAGAGCCCCCGGGGGGCUGUCCCAGUCAGCACAGAAGCUUCUCUUCCCCCCGAGGCCACCCCCCAGCUAUCGCUGCAGACCACCAGCCCCAUUGCUAACUACAGUCAACAGGGUGCGGGGCCUGUGGAUGCAGCAUCCACCGUGGCAGGGGGGCAGGGCCGCGAAGGGGCAGAUGUACCACCCCCUCUCUACAGCACCAACCAUGACUUCAAGUUCUCCUACUCUGAGAUCAACUUCCAGGACCUGAGCUGGUCCUUCCGAAACCUCUACAAAUCCAUGCUGGAGAAAUCCUCCUCUUCCCAGCACGGUUUCUCUUCUCUCCUUGGUGACAUGCAGCCCUCCAACCACAACUACUAUAUGUACCACCAGCAGCAGCAGGGCCCUUCAUCAGUGGGUGGUGCUCCCCAACUCCACACCCCCAACCCAGAGGGCUGCCCACCCCAGGGGGGUAAACAGCAGGGGGGUGAUGGUUAUGGCCCCCCACCUGUGAUGUCCAUGCACCCGCCCCCGAUGCAGCAUGGUGGAUACCACCAGCACCAGCAGCACCACCCACACUCCCACCCGCAGCAACAACAGCAGCACCAACAGCAGCAGCAGCAGUCACAGGCUUCAAUCAACAGUGCUGGCUUUGCAUUUCCUCCCGACUGGUGCUCCAGUAUUGAUUCCCUGAAAGAAAGCUUCAAGAUGGUGAACCGGCUGAACUGGUCUAGCAUUGAAAACUCCCAGUUCUCAGAGCUGAUGGAGAGCCUGCGCCAGGCGGAGCGGAAGAACUGGACCCUGGAUCAGCACCACAUUGCCAACCUCUGUGACUCCCUCAAUCACUUUCUCACCCAGACUGGUCAGCUCCCUCACCUGGGGGGCCCACAGCAGCCCCCUCGGAUCUCUGAUUCUUGUGCCCUGAAUAGCGGCAAGCAGGAGCAGUCCAUGAAUCAAGUGAAUUCUUAUGGUCAGCCUCAACCUCCCCAUCUCUUCUCUGGGCCAUCUCCUAUGUACCAGAUUUCCACCCAGGACUCUCCAGGAUAUAAUCGCCCAGCACACCACCUGGUCCCUCGGCCUCCUGGGCCUCCUCCAGGCGCCAAUGAGGAAAUACCUGACGAUUUCGACUGGGACUUGAUCACCUAGUGCGUUACAGACUCAAGAGCCCCUCCUUUGUGAGGGUCAAGGGAGGGAAGGGGGGCGUGGGGUGAAAGAUCAUAGGACCGGCUACCCCAGCCUCCCUGCCUUGCCUGUAUAUAGAUAUAUAUUCUCUAUCUCUGCCAGAGAAGCCACCGCAAGAUGCUGCCGAAGAUAAUCCUUCCUUGCGUCCUGUUUUACCUUUUUCUUCUUUUGUUUAUUAUAAUAAUAAUUAUUAUUAUCAAUAAUUGAGCACGGCCCUCCCCCGCCCCCGCUGGCCUCAGACGCACCAGAGCAGCUCUCCCACGUUGGGUGGUGAACUGCGUGAGGUGGAGGGCGGAGAGAUGGCUCCUUGGUGCCAUGAGAAGACCUAGGAAGGCUGAAUCCUCGAGUGCAUCUUUCUCUGCCUCCAUCAUUUUGCGUUUAACAAUCCCUCUUUCCCUUCAAGGUGGCCAGUGAAUCUGUCGUGUUGGCUACCGGAGUGAGAGAGCCUAGUGGAUCCUGGGAGCCUGUAAUUAUGUUGUUUCUUAAAUGUUGUAAAGGUGAGGGAGUUGCAGGGACAUUGGAGGGGUGAUCUGAGCUCUGAGAACUUUCUCAUGCCAGCAGGGAGAGUAAGAGAAGAGGCAGAAACCCUAAGUGUUAAGGGAAUGAGGGGACAAAGCAUACAGCUGGGACUGGAGCUGAGCUGGAGGAGGGUGGCCUCAGUGUUGAGAAAGGAGGGGGCACUCUCAGAGGUGCAGCUUGGUUUUAGAAAACACUGCCAUUUUGUAAGGACCGUGUAGCAAUUUGAGGAAACCCUAAGCUGUUCCAGACACACUGCCUUUUGCCAUCCCCAGGGAAGGGCAGCAUCCCCAACCAUCAAGCAAGGCAAGCUCAGCAGGCGUUUUGCACCAGGAAGGGGAGUGUCCGACAAGUUCAAGCCACACUCCCCCACCUCAUAUCUUCAACUUUCCUGCUUCCUGCCCUCUUCCUCCAAAGUGUGCUGGGAGGUUCUUAUUUGCAUAUGCAAAUUGGGAUGCAUGCUCCUUCCCCAGAAGUUCUUGUUCAGUUAGUCACGUGGCCUGUUCCCUUGGUUGUUUCUCGGGACUGUCCUUACCCCUGUGGUAUGAGGAUGCAAGCAACAGGAGUCUUGUCUGCGUACAUGCAGAUGUCCCAUCAGUGGUUCCCAUUUUAUGAGUGAACUAAAGAUGGAAAAAGGAAGCCACAGCACAGAAAUGAGGGAGGUUUGGGGACUUUGUGCUGAGACCUCUGUUGAUGGGUCAGGGAGGCAGUUGGUGUGGGGCAGGUAGUUAAACUGCACAGCCCAAGGGAGGACGAUAACGGGGGGGGGAGUAUAUGUCUGACACGUUGUGGUUCAUCUGCGGGGAGGAUGUGAGAGAGCACAAGCUGAAUGCCAGACGCCCUGACAGCUGGAAGGGGAAAAGUUGCCAAAGCUAGAGUGAGCGUGGAGAGGCCCCUUCCCCUGCACUGUGUCCUCUGCUCCCGUUUCUAGCGUGGCUCUGUUCUGUCAAACCUCUUGUUUCCUCUAUAUUUUGUCACGUCUGCCACUUGCCCCCAUUUGUCUGUGAGGAGGAACCAAGGUGAAAGCAAAGCAUCAUGGGGCUCAACAUGCCAAGGGUGGGGGGCUAGUUUAGCAUUGCUUUUUAAUUUGCUGUAGGGAUAAACCAAUUGGAUCUUUGUCAGGAAGAUAGAGUCUCAUUGGAGGGGGGCGGCAUUUUUUGCGGGGGUUUUUUUGUUUGUUUUUUUAAGUGGGAGGUGGGAAGGGGGCGUCAUUGCGUGUUUCCCAAGAGGAGUGAGGAAUCUCAGAGCCGACUUCUUCAGCACGGAGUUAGUCAGUGGUUCUCUCCAUUGCCCCAGGAUACGAAUGGUAUGAUCAGGAAGCAUGGAUUGAUUUGGUUUCUGUGGAGUGUAGCAGCAGAGAGGACCUCCCUUCAGGUGCCAAUCAGUGCUUUGCAGGGGGAAGUUACCAAGAGUUGGACCCAUUGAAAUGAUUUGUGGUCACUUGGCUUUUUGGAGAACCCUGGAAACACCAUCUGGAAGACGAAAACAAGCCAAGAUGGCUCCUUUGCGUAUUCAAGUACUCCUCAUUUGCAUAUUCAUUUUGCCUUGUUUUGCGUAUUCAGUUGCGCCUUGUUUGCAUAUGUAAAUACAUGCCGGUCAGUGUGCAAAUUAGCCUCACCCCCCCACCAACACCCUCUGAAAUAAAUGUGCAUCGUCAGCGAGCGGGAUGGCAUUGGCUCGGACACAUGGAGUUAAAGGCAGGGCACUGGAACUCUGCACUGCGCAGGAGCAAAGGGGUGCAUUCAGCGGAGAUUGGCCUGCUGUGGGGAGGAGCUCUUCGCUCGUCGCGUCCUUCCAUGGCCGUGCAGCCUACGAUGCUUUGUGUCAAGGGUAGGGAAGAGGGGGGCGUGGUCUCACGAGUUUAUUUUUGUGCAUGCUUUCUUAAUAAAAACAAAAAGUGAAUGUUUAUGGUUUAA